CCCCUUCCAAGAUGUCUUCCAAGAGUUGGAGCCCCAUUGUUGGAUUUUACGGGAUGCUUUGCCUCUGGGCUGCCUGGCUUUCUGGCUGCGGGGCAGUGCUCUCUCCAAACGGGACGAUAUUUGAGGAUACCUGCAAGAAAACCACAACUUGCGAGGUGCUUAAAUAUAACACAUGUUUGGGAUCGCCUUUACCAUACACUCACACUUCUCUGAUCCUGGCGGAGGACUCCAGCACCCAAGAAGAGGCUUUUGAGAAGUUGACCAUGUGGUCCGGUUUGCGGAAUGCCCCUCGCUGUUGGUCGGUCAUCCAGCCUCUGCUCUGCGCCGUCUACAUGCCCAAAUGCGAAAACGGCCGAGUUGAACUGCCCAGCCAGAGCCUCUGUCUGACUACACGUAGUCCAUGUAGCAUCGUGGAUCGGGAGCGAGGCUGGCCCAGCUUUCUCAAAUGUGACAAAUUCCCUGUGGGCUGUUCGAAUGAGGUGCAAAAGCUGAAGUUCAACACAUCGGGCCAGUGUGAAGCUCCUCUGGUGAAGACGGACAUUCAGUCGAGCUGGUACAAGGACGUGGAGGGCUGUGGUAUCCAGUGUGACAAUCCUCUGUUCACUGAAGAGGAGCACAAUGACAUGCACGCCUACAUCGCUUACUUUGGAACCAUCACCCUCCUCUGCACUUUCUUUACCCUGGCCACAUUUCUUGCAGACUGGAAAAACUCCAACCGCUACCCAGCCGUCAUUCUCUUCUACAUCAACGCCUGUUUCUUUGUGGGCAGCAUCGGCUGGCUGGCCCAAUUUCUGGAUGGCGCACGUGAAGAGAUUGUUUGCAAGAGCGACAACACGAUGCGACUCGGGGAGCCCUCGUCUUCGGAAACGCUGUCAUGUGUCACCAUCUUCAUCAUCGUCUACUACUCCCUGAUGUCAGGUGUGAUUUGGUUUGUCAUGCUGACAUAUGCCUGGCACACAUCCUUCAAAGCUCUGGGCACUACUCACCAGCCACUGUCUGGUAGAACCUCUUACUUCCACAUGGUCACCUGGUCCAUCCCCUUUGUCCUCACUGUGGCCAUCCUAGCAAUCGCUGAGGUUGACGGAGACUCUGUGAGCGGGAUCUGUUUUGUGGGCUACAAGAACUACAGGUAUCGCGCUGGCUUUGUGCUUGCACCCAUUGGAGUGGUGCUUGUUGUUGGUGGCUACUUCCUCAUUCGCGGUGUUAUGACAUUAUUUUCCAUCAAAAGUAACCACCCCGGUCUCUUGAGUGAGAAAGCAGCGAGCAAAAUCAAUGAGACUAUGCUGCGACUUGGAAUAUUUGGAUUCCUUGCCUUUGGUUUUGUCUUUAUAACCUUUGGCUGCCACUUUUAUGACUUCUUCAACCAAGCUGAGUGGGAAAGAAGCUUCAGGGAUUAUGUGCUGUGUGAGGCCAACGUGACAAUCGCCUCUCAGACAAACAAGCCCAUCCCAGAAUGCACCAUUAAGAACCGCCCCAGUCUGAUGGUGGAGAAAAUUAACCUGUUUUCCAUGUUUGGGACGGGUAUCGCCAUGAGCACCUGGGUCUGGACCAAAGCCACCAUCCUCAUCUGGAAACGCACCUGGUGCAAGAUCAUCGGCCGUAGCGAUAAUGAACCGAAGAGGAUAAAGAAAAGCAAGAUGAUCGCCAAGGCAUUCGCGAUGAGGAAGGAGCUCCACAAAGAUCCAGAGAAAGAGCUGUCCUUCAGCAUGCACACCGUGUCCCACGAAGGACCAGUGGCCGGAAUCAAUUUUGACCUAAACGAGCCAUCAAAUGACAUGUCGUCAGCUUGGGCACAGCAUGUGACAAAGAUGGUGGCCAGGCGAGGUGCCAUCCUCCCACAGGACAUUUCUGUUACUCCCACUGGUACACCAGUGCCCCCUCCAGAGGAGAGGAACCGCCUGUGGAUGGUGGAGGCCGAAAUUUCACCAGAAAUGAUAAAGAGGAAAAAGAAGAAGAAGAAGAGGAAGAAGGAGGUGCGUCCGGUUGAGGAGAUGGUGGACCACCAGGUUUAUCGCCAGCGUGAGUUUGGUCGCAGCUCAGUGCCCCGUCUGCCCAAACUGCCUCCUCAUCCCAGCCUGGUUGCCAAUCUGCGGGAACAGCAGAGACAACAACAGAAGAUUGAGGAGGAAGUUCUGCCUGGGUCUUACCCAGACUUCCAACCUUCGCGCCGUCUGUCAUGCGAGGAGAAGUGUCCCUACCUGCAGUACCAGACCAGCCAGAAUGGCUAUGGCCACAGCAUGCUGUCUGACCCCCUGACCUUCAGAGAUCGUCCAGAGGAUCUGGGUCUUGGUCCGCGUUACCCUCCCUCCAAUUGGCAGCCUAGUGCGUCUUCACGCUACCCUGGAAAUAUGGAUAUCACUGAUGGAAUAUCAGAAAGAAUGGCCCACGUGGCUCGGGUACCAGCAGGCCGGAGGGCUGGUUACGGACCCAUCCACUCCAGGACCAAUUUAAUGGAGGCGGAGCUUAUGGACGCCGACUCUGACUUCUAAAAUCAUAGCUGAAAUAGACUGUUUUAAGGUGUACGUACAUAGCAAGGUAAAAAAAAAAGUGCUGGAUACUUUCGCAAAUUCUUACUAAAGAGCAGUAAAAUCCCAAUGCCUGGACGUUAAGAUGGAACAAAGCUGGUCAUUUUUUUUUUCUUAAAAAAACGCAAAGGGAUAAAAUAGAAUAAAAAGUGUUGUGUAUAAGAAAUUAUUUUUAUAUUUUAUUUGUGUCCAGUAACAUUUUAAAAGCAACUCCAGGAUGAUAAGUCAAAUAAGGCAGCUAAAACCGUACAUGGCUUGAAACAAUACAGAAACCCAGAUGUCUUUAUCCUGAAGCACCGACUCAUUCGUCCGCCUGCAUCAGCUCCAACCUGCUGGUUACAACUUCAAGCUCUGUGUGUUACGGUGGGACCCGACGCUCCGAUCGGUGCCAGUCAAGGAUGAAUUAACCAGGUUUACUUUUCCUGGGAUUAUCAAUGAAUGACUUCUUUAAAAAGAUUUCACCAAUUCUAGAAGACUAUUUUAAAAUGCCUUUUUAUUGUUGUUGCUAUAUUUAAUAUUUUUUAUUGACGUCUUAUGUCACGAGUAUUUCAUCACUCCUAGGGCAGCAGAAGCUGCAUAAUACUGUUUAUCGCAAGUCUUCUCUUGUAUUAUAUUUUAAUGUUUUGCUCUAUCUUCAAGCUACUAUAUAUCUAUUAAUUGUUUGUUCUUAUGUACAGUUGGGGUACUAACCAUUACCCACACGCCCCCUCACCCUAUAAAUACUAAUAAUUGCUAAAUGUUCGCACUUCCUGAAGAAUUUCUAAUACACACUGGGACUAAAAUGAAAUUAGAUCCACAUACGAUAACUCAUAGCUUCUUUUACACUUCAUUUUUGAUGCCUUAAAUAGUAAAGCCUUUUUUUUUUUCUUUUAUUAAA